CUCUGCCUCAGCCUCUGCCCCGGCCCCGUGUCCGCGUCCGUCCCUCCGCCCGUCAGGCCCUGCCCCCGCGCCCGGCCAAGGCAGCAUGAAGGUGACGGUAGACUUCGAGGAGUGUCUCAAGGACUCGCCUCGCUUCCGGGCUGCUUUGGAAGAGGUGGAAGGAGACGUGGCAGAAUUGGAACUCAAGCUCGAUAAGCUUGUGAAACUUUGUAUUGCGAUGAUUGAUACUGGAAAAGCCUUUUGUGUUGCAAAUAAGCAGUUUGUGAAUGGAAUCCGAGACUUGGCCCAAUAUUCUAGUAAGGAUGCAGUGGUGGAGACAAGUUUGACCAAAUUUUCUGAAAGUCUUCAGGAAAUGAUCAAUUUUCACACAAUCCUGUUUGACCAGACGCAGAGAUCAAUUAAGGCACAACUUCAGACAUUUGUCAAAGAAGAUCUCAGAAAGUUCAAAGAUGCCAAGAAACAGUUUGAAAAGGUCAGUGAAGAAAAGGAAAAUGCCCUAGUGAAAAACGCCCAGGUUCAAAGAAACAAACAGCAUGAAGUAGAAGAGGCCACCAACAUCCUGACGGCCACCAGGAAGUGCUUCCGGCACAUCGCCCUGGACUAUGUCCUGCAGAUUAACGUGCUCCAGUCAAAAAGAAGAUCGGAAAUCUUGAAAUCAAUGUUAUCUUUCAUGUACGCCCACCUGGCCUUCUUUCAUCAGGGAUACGAUCUUUUUAGUGAACUCGGGCCCUACAUGAAGGAUCUCGGUGCACAGCUGGAUCGGCUGGUGGUGGACGCAGCCAAGGAGAAGAGAGAUAUGGAGCAGAAGCAUUCCACCAUUCAGCAGAAGGAUUUCUCCAGUGAUGAUACCAAGCUAGAAUAUAAUGUGGAUGCAGCCAAUGGCAUUGUCAUGGAAGGCUAUCUGUUCAAACGAGCCAGUAACGCCUUCAAGACUUGGAACAGACGCUGGUUCUCAAUACAGAAUAAUCAGCUGGUGUACCAGAAAAAAUUCAAGGACAAUCCCACGGUGGUCGUUGAAGACUUGCGGCUUUGCACUGUGAAACAUUGUGAAGACAUAGAGAGGCGGUUCUGCUUCGAGGUGGUCUCGCCCACAAAAAGCUGCAUGCUUCAGGCCGACUCUGAGAAGCUGCGCCAAGCAUGGAUUAAGGCUGUUCAGACCAGCAUCGCCACUGCGUAUAGAGAGAAGGGGGACGAGGCCGAGAAGCUGGAUAAAAAAUCAUCUCCAUCUACAGGAAGCCUGGAAUCUGGGAAUGAGUCAAAAGAGAAAUUAUUAAAAGGAGAAAGUGCUUUACAGAGGGUUCAGUGCAUUCCUGGGAAUGCCAGCUGCUGUGACUGUGGCCUGCCUGACCCCCGUUGGGCCAGCAUCAACUUGGGAAUUACCCUGUGCAUUGAGUGCUCAGGUAUACACCGGAGUCUCGGGGUUCACUUUUCAAAAGUACGCUCUUUAACUUUGGAUACCUGGGAGCCUGAGCUUCUGAAGCUUAUGUGUGAGUUGGGAAAUGAUGUUAUAAAUCGAGUUUAUGAAGCCAAGAUUGAGAAAAUGGGAAUAAAGAAACCACAGCCUGGACAAAGGCAGGAGAAGGAAGCGUACAUCAAAGCAAAGUAUGUGGAGAGGAAGUUUGUGGAUAAGGAUUCUGCCUCUUCUUCACCUCCAGAGGAAGGGAAGAGAGCGCUGCGCCAAGGUCAGGAGGAGAAGGGGCUCAGCGCCUCCAAGCCAGCGUUAGAGGACCAAGUUGGAACAUCAGCCAAAAGUUUAGGUGUUGAUCCAUUUUCGGUGGCUGUAAAUAGCGACGAGGCCAGGCGGGAAUCUCUGUUCUGUCCUGAUGAGCUAGAUUCACUCUUCUCCUACUUUGAUACCUCUUCAAAACUACGUAGUAUCAAAAGCAAUGACAGUGGGAUACAGCAGUGUGCUGAUGAUGUCAGAGAAGGCCUGUCCUCAGUGGUUUCAGCUAAUAGCUUAUAUGAGCCAGAGGGAGAAAGACGAGAUUCCUCAGUAUUUCUUGAAUUUAAGCAUCUCCAUCCAGGACUCCAGCUGUACCGGGCUUCCUAUGAAAAAAGGCUUCCCGACAUGGCUGAGGCAUUGGCCCACGGAGCAGAUGUCAACUGGGCAAAUCCUGAAGAGAACAAAGCCACGCCACUCAUCCAGGCUGUCUUAGGGGGCUCCCUGGUCACCUGCGAGUUCCUCCUGCAGAAUGGUGCGAACGUGAACCAAAGGGACACCAAAGGACGAGGCCCACUGCACCAUGCCACUGUCUUGGGACACACAGGGCAAGUGUGUUUGUUCCUGAAGCGAGGGGCCAACCAGCACGCCACUGACGAGGAAGGGAAUGACCCACUGAGCAUUGCUGUAGAAGCCGCGAAUGCAGAUAUUGUAACCCUGUUGCGUUUGGCCAGAAUGAAUGAAGAGAUGCGGGAGUCGGAAGGACUUUACGGACAGCCAGGUGAUGAAACUUACCAAGACAUUUUCCGUGAUUUCUCCCAAAUGGCCUCCAAUAAUCCAGAAAAACUGAACCGUUUCCAGCAAGACUCACAGAAAUUCUGAAUUUUUUAAAGAAGGGAGACACGUUAAACGUGGUGCCCUCUUUUUCACAUCCUCCUGCUCCCAUGCUGCACGUUCAGGUUUUCUAGAUAGUCAAUGAGUGAUGGGAAAAGGUACAUUCCUUGCCAAUUCCAUGUGGAAACAGUUUUGUGGAUUAUCGUCUCUGCACCUCUGCAUGCAGGGAAGGGACACUGUUUUAGCCUGUUUGGAAAUGGGUUCGAAGAACCUGUUUGGGGGCUUGCUGUGCUGAAGCAAGGUCAGAGCUAGAUGAAGCCACUUAGGAUGGGUCCUUUCGGGGACUUUUCAAAGCCCUUAUUUUUAAGGGGCCACAGUCACCUCUUUCCAUGAGUUAUGCUUAGCACAUUCCAUUAACCGUGUCCACACAGCCAGAGCUCAGGGCCAAGGCUGGCUCUGUGGCCCAGCAGAAUCAAUGUUUCUCACCCUACGUGCAAUAUGUGAUUUUCAAAUUGAGGAAGAAAGUCCCUGAUCCCAGUAGUCCAGUUGCAGGCUCCGGUCCAAGGUUCCCGGCCUUGGUAGAGCAGCCUUGCCCUCCUGCCUUCAGAGCCUAGUCCUUGGGAAUCUGUCUGUCAGCUCAGCUUCUGGGCCCUGUGCAGACUGAUUGAUGCAAUAGAAUUCUUUUCCAAAAAGUACUUGAACAUGUUCAAAAGCUGUAAUCAAGAUGUUACUUUCAAAGUAGCUGACUAGAAAAAGGAAGGCUUAGCUUUAGAGGUUUGCUCCAAAUGGAGCGGCAAAUUUGUGUUUUUGUCUAUGUCUGGAGAAGCACAGGCUUACCGUACCUCCUUCUCCGCUCUGACCUCGCCCGGGAACCAACUUUCCCUGUCCUUUACUCAGCUCUGACCCGCCCAGCCUUAGCAAUUAGCUGCAUGUUCUCUGUUCACAAACUGUAUUGAUCCCAGUUCUUUUCAUUCCAGAGCAUCAGAGAUGUAGCUCUUGACCUUUUUAGUGCAAGGCUCCUUUUUCAUGUCUGAUGUCCCGGCAUCAUCACGUACACUCUCAACACUUCCUCUGUGUAUGUAGCCACCCCUCCGGUGUGAUUGUCUAUUACUUAUGAAUCAUGUCACUAAGGAAUAAAAUUGAAAUGUGGACACUUGAUCUCCAAGUAGAGAUUUGGAACUUUGGCUUUAUUAUCGCAUAAGUGGAGAAAUGGUGUCUUAUUUGAGUAGAUCGUAAUUUCCAAUAUGGGAUUUUUAAAUAGGUCACAGUUAAUUACAUUAUCAAGUGAUUUAAUGUUAAAUCAAGUAGUUUUAUGAAGAAAAACCAUGCUAGAGAAAAACUUGAGUAAUCUGAUUUGUUAAGUUCUAUUAAUUAUCCAAGCUUGCCUAGAAGUGAGCAAUCACUGCUAUCUUUGAUGAAUGUUAGAGAUUUAUUUUGUCGUUUUAAGAUUAGGAGUUAAGUCCUAUUGCUUCCCUGCCAUAUGGCUAAGAGAAAAUGUAAACUUAAGUCCUGAAAGCACAUUUUUAUAUGUUUUAGACUGUAAUUACUUCCUUAAAAAAAAAUCUAGCCUGUUUCCAGUAAAACCCAUCCAGUGUACCUUGAUUGCAAAGUAAACUACUAUAGCUUUGCAGAAAAAGCAAGUAAUAAUUUGCAUAAAUCAAUGCAAGGGCACAGAACCAGAGCUCUCUUUAAAUACCAUCUUAAAUAAUCAGCUCUGAUGGUUGCCCACUUCCCUCCCUGCACCCCCCCCCCCCCCAAGCCUAAGGGCCCCUAAGCCUCUGCUGCUCUGGCCACUCGGUGCUAAGCAGUGUCUUCUGGUGCUAUGGGCCUCUCCCUCCUCUUGCUCCACUGCAACUGCUUGAACUACAACUAUUGCUUUCUGAAACCUUGAAGUGCAGUCUUUUCGUGGAGGAUGCAGUUUUGGCCAGAUGACACAUUUCUGCUGCUUGACCUCUUGGGUAGGCCGGGUUGGGGGGGGGGGGGGCGGUAACCUUGGCAGGGAGGUUUUUGUAGCCCCCAUAGAGUGAACGGGCAGAAAUGAAUUCUGGAUUCAGCUUCCCGGCCUCCCGUAGGCUGUUUUCAUUGGAGAUUCGUUUCAGGCCUGUGACUCAUUUCCAGCCAAUUCCUUGUUUUGUUUUGUUGCUGUAGUACAAACCCCAUACUGUGAUGGCUUUUUGUCGUAUGUAAUACACCUGAGUUUCAUUAAGUGGUAACAUUGGGUUGGUCAUGGGAGAUUGUUGUUUAAACAGUACGAGUUGUUGGCUGGAUCUGAAGGGGUGCCUGCUCAGCCUUGGGACUGAGGGGGAUGGGGACCAUUCAGCUCUCCCUGUCAUGGCUGCUUUUUAUCACUACAUCAUAACGCAAAUUGUCUCACUCGUUAGCAUUUUAAAAGUCUAAGUGUGUAAGAAAACAGCGGUCGAUCUGAGAACAGAAUACAGAAGAUGAAAUUUACUUUGAAAUGGUUAAAUAGUUGUCAUGCCCUCAUUGCAACAAUAGGUUUCUGCUAAUGAAGCUACUUUUUUUAAAUACUCUCGGUACAAUGCUUCAGAAUUCAGGUAUUUCUAAGAAUCCACUGCAUUCCGGUGUUUGAUCUAUAUUGAUCUUUCCUUUAUAAAGACUUGGUAUCUUCCGUGCUUUCUGAAAGUUGUACAUUUGUGUUGAAAUAUGUGCUUUCAUCUUCUCAUGAGUGAGUUUUAAAAUUUUCCUUUAGUUUCACGGCCUAAACAGUUUAAUGAUCUAUAAUGUAUUAAGCAGUAUUUUAAAAGGUAACCUUACACAUGUAGCAACAUUUUUUAUAUUUCUUUGUAAAAAGACAUGAUUAUAAUAAAUGAAAAAGAUUACAACUAUUUAUGUUUUCAUUUAUGACAGAAUUUAAUCCCUGUUUUGAAUAGCAGCACUGUUCUCAGAUGGCUGCACUGUCAGAUUUCAUGAGCAUUCCUUUUCUGAAUAUGGGUAUUGACUCAAAAAAUGGCCUAAGUGCCCGAGGCUCUGCACCUUGGUACAGAUGAAUCACUGUGUGCGUUGCCCCUUUACCGGGAGAACAUGGAGGUAGGAGCCCAGGCUCUCCUCCCAGCAUGAAAAUGUUUUGAAAUGGGUUCACCUUGUGGUUGGCGGCUGAAUGACACCCUCUCACUAACCCUCGUGGCAGACAAGGAAGGAAGGCCUUUGGGAAGCCUGUGGUUUUAGAAAUGUGAAGACAUUGACAUUUUCACAGCAGCAAAACUAACCUAUUCAAGUAUUUUCAAUUGUAUUUCAGUAAAUCAGUUCUACAAUCGGUAUUAUUUUCCCUAGAUGUUUUUUUCUGUUUACAUAAAUUUGCUGUUUUCAGGUGUAUAAUGAGUAGUUGGGUGGUUUUUUUAAUUGCAAAAAAUGGUGAAUAUUCUUUGCGUUGCAUUUAUCCUUUCAGCAUCUUUCAUAUUAGAUUCCAUCUGACCCUAUCUUUCCCCGAAGGAAAUAGAAGAACGUAGUAAAGCCAUGUGAUUGUAAGCAGGGGAAGAUGGUCUCCUUAUGAGGAGCUCCCUGAAGCUCUGUGCGCAGAAUGGGAGGCUCAGCCAGCCCGUUCCCAGCCUUCUCCCAGAGCCUGCUCACUGGCCUUCCCUCCAUGGACUUUCAUUAGUCUGUAGGUCGCUUUCUCAGACUUGACAGUUACUUGUUUUCAUUGUAAAUGCAGAACCGUACAUGCCCCUGUUAUUUUGAAAUGUACAUUAUGUAAGAAUUGUAAAUAUGUACUGGAAUAAAGACUUUGUAUGCUGAAAAGCUCAAGUACUGGGUCAAUAAAAACCUUCUCUCCA